AUGAGCUCGAAGCUGCUAUUAAAUUUCCCGAGGAAUGUACAUGGGAAUAUAUUUCGAUCGUCCCCUUCAGCGACAGAAGCAACUGUUAGCUUGCCUUCUGAAUCGCGUGGUGUCAAGCUCCCGACACCUUUCGAACGUACGUUAACAGAGGUGCCAAGUUAUGAGCGCGUAAAGAAAGACCGGAAGUCAGUCGAUUGUCAUAUUAAAAUCGUGGUUGUGGGGGACGGAGCAGUGGGCAAGACGUGUCUAUUGAUUUCAUACACACAGGGAAAGUUUCCAGAAGAGUAUGUACCAACGGUAUUUGAAAAUUACGUGACGAAGAUCAAGGGACCGGCAAAGAAGGUCAUUGAGCUGGCACUGUGGGACACUGCGGGACAGGAAGAAUAUAACCGGUUAAGACCCUUGUCAUACACAAACGUGGAUCUUUUGAUGGUGUGCUACUCAGUAGACAACAGAAUUUCACUACACAAUGUAGAAGAGCUGUGGGUGCCAGAAGUUCGGCAUUUUUGUCCGGACACGCCUAUUGUGCUGGUUGGCACGAAGAGCGAUCUUUACGCGUUAGACCAACUCGACAAGCUAGUUGACUUUAAAGAUGCAGAAAUGCUAGCACAGAAAAUCGGCGCUCUCGAGCAUUUCCAGUGUUCUGCCAAAUCAUAUCAUAACAUCAAUGAGCUUUUUAGUGCCGCUAUGAGUGCAGUAUUGAGCUCCUCCUCUCUACAAGACCGCCGAGUUUUUUCGCCAUUUUCAAAAAUGAGUAAAUUCGCUAACAAAAGGCGUAAGCACAAGUGCUCUAUACUAUAA